GUGAUUCUGGCACUCAGCCGAAGAUCAGCUUUGCCGCCUCCUGUCACGGAGUGGCGGGGUGUACCCUUUGACCUGGGAAAUCUCUGGGGCCCAGGACACGUCUCCACCAGGAGCCCUCCCCUUACGCCAGAGUCGGGGGCAACGUCGGCCGGGGAGGAAAGGCUCGGGGGGACGCAUCGACUCCCCAACCGCCCAUUGGCCGCCGAUAGGGACCUGAUAGCCCGCCCGCCCAAGAGCGUGAAAAUUCGCUGCCGGGGGCCGAUCGCCGAUCCAUCGACGAUACAUCGCCGACUCCAAACCAAUGUUUCCUACCCCCUGAGCAAGGCCCCCCUAUCAGUCCCCCUCGCAAGGUGCUACGUCGGGCACCUCCCUGGGGCCCUCCCAGGCCCAGUGGCCAGCCGGUUCUUCAACGUGGUGGACGGAGGCGUGCCUUGGGACAGGACGGGCCCGAGGUGGACCGCCUGGAUGGUGGCGCCGCCGUGUACUUGCGCCUACGGCUACGGCGGCCUCACCAUGAGGCCUGUGCCGUUCCCGGAGUGGAUGCUGGAGAUUAUGGCCGAGGUCAUGCCCCUGUGCGGCUUCCCUCUCCAGGACUCGUGGCCCAAUAGUUGCAACCUCAACCGGUACGACAGCGAGUGGGACUCUGUCGGGUGGCACGCCGACGACGAGGAUUUGUUCCAGGGUUGGUACACGGACUGCACGAUCAUCUCGCUGUCUCUGGGACAGGCCCGGUGUUUCAGCCUGCGCAAGUGGGCGGGUGGGUGGUGCGAGACGCACCUUCAGCUGGCGGGGGGCGACCUUUGCACUAUGGAGGGGAUGACCCAGCGUCACUACAAGCACGCCGCCCUGAAGGAGUGCGGGAGAGCCGACGCGGCGGGCGUACGGCUGAAUCUCACGUGGCGGUGGGUGGUGGCGCACACUCCAGGCUGCCCCGCGGCGCCCCAAAGAGAGUCCUUCGGCAUCGCCGUCGUCACCGUCGCCGAUGGCGGUUGCAGCGAUCGCGGCCAUCGCCAGAUGCCUUCCGCCUUCCUUGGUUGUGGUUCUGGCCGCUGUCGCGUCGCGGUCCUCCAGCGUCGAUUUCCGUCGUCGUCGUUGUCAUGGUCGCCGCAGCGUGCCUCUCUCCCCAUUGCCGUUGCCGUUCUUGGAAGCAGCGCGUCUCCGCCGCGGAGCCGGGAAGCGGGUGCGAGCCGAGGCGCGCACGUCCCAGGCAAGUUGCCUGCCCAGCCCCCAGCUCACGCCCGUCCAUCAGAGUUGCCAAGCGUCGUGGGUGGUUGGGCAGAUCCUCAGGUAUUGCUUACCGCGGUCUAG